GCUUCGGCGGGAGGCUGGCGGAGCUCACCAUGCGCCCGGGCUCACCAUGGGGAACACCCUCCGGGCCCUCAUCGCCUUCGUCCCCGCCGAUGGCUGCCAGAACUACCUGCUGGGAGACCUCCGGGAGAUGCCCCUGGACAAGAUGGUGGACCUGAGCAGCAGGCAGCUGCGACGCUUUCCCUUGCACGUGUGCUCCUUCCGGGAGCUGGUGAAGCUCUACCUCAGCGACAACAAGCUGAACAGCCUGCCCCCGGAACUGGAGCAGCUGCAGAACCUGCAGAUCCUGGCCUUGGAUUUCAACAAUUUCCGAGCCUUGCCUCCGGUGGUGUGCACGCUGAAGCAGCUCUGCAUCCUCUACCUGGGCAACAACAAGCUCCGGGACCUGCCCUUGGAGCUGAGCUUGCUGCAGAACCUCAAGACGCUCUGGAUCGAGAACAACUACCUGACCCAGCUGCCCGAGGUCAUCUGUGAGCUGAGCCUGCUCAAAACCCUGCACGCCGGCUCCAACGCCCUGCGCCUCCUGCCCGGGCAACUGCGGAGCCUCCAGGAGCUGAGGACCAUCUGGCUUUCGGGCAACCUGCUGAGCGAUUUCCCCGCCGUGCUGCUGCACAUGCCCUUCCUCGAAGUGAUCGACGUGGAUCGAAACAACAUCUCCUACUUUCCCAGCCUGGUUCACCUGUCGGGCCUGAAGCUGGUCAUCUACGACCACAACCCCUGCAGGAAUGCCCCGAAGGUGGCCAAGGGGGUGCGGCGCGUGGGGAGGUGGUCGGAGGAAACCCCCGAGCCGGACCCCAGAAAAGCCAGGCGGCUUCGGAUGGCCAAGGAGGAGGCUGACCAAGGGCAGCCACCUGCUCCCCCUGCCUCUCUUCCUGCGUCUGACAAACUGGACUAGUGCCUUCCUUGUGCCAUUAUCUGCUCUUGACCCUUCCUGUAGCUUGUUGGUACAUAGUUGUUUGCAUGUGUCCUUCCCCUCUCUCCUUCCCCCUCCCCUCCCUCCUUCCUCCUCCCCAUUAGAGAUCGGGGACUGUCAAGUGCCUUUGUUAGUACCCUCGGCACUUAAUACAUAGCUGGCACAUUUUUGUUGUUCAGUCCUUCUUCAAGUCCUGUCCUACUCUUGGUGAUCCCGGUUGGGGUUUUCUUGGCAGAGGUACCAGAGGUUUGCCCUUUCCUCCAGCUCAAUGUAAUGUCCUCCUCCAGGUCA